AAGAUCCUGAAGUUAGUGAUUUUUUUAAAAAUUUUUUAAUUUUUUUUCAAUUUUUUUUUUUUCCCCUCCGCCCUCGGUGCUUCCGAAGAGCCCGUAAGGUCUGCAGCGAGAGAGAGAGACUGGGGGAGGAGGAAGAAUUAAGGAAGGGAAAAGAUGGCGAGUUGCAGGAGCAGCGUGGAGAAAGCAGCAUUUUUGUGCUGCUGCUUGCUGGCAAUGGGGAGCCUCAUCUCCUGCGCCCGGCCGGAGGAGGAGGAAGAGCAAGAAGAGCAGCGCUCCUGUCACGGUGCCUUUGAUCUCUACUUCGUCCUGGAUAAAUCUGGAAGUGUCAGAAAUCAUUGGACUGAGAUUUACUCUUUUGUGGAAAGCCUAGCUGAGAAGUUCAUAAGUCCAAUGUUGCGGAUGUCUUUCAUCGUUUUUUCCUCACGAGGCACUACAGUCAUGAAACUAACAGAAAACAGGGAAGCCAUAAGACGAGGGCUCGACAUUCUUCAGUAUGAAGUGCCUGGAGGAGACACGUUCAUGCAUGAAGGAUUUAAAAGGGCAAAUGAGCAGAUUUACCACGAAACCUAUGGAGGAGUUCGGACCGCUAGUGUGAUUAUUGCUCUGACGGAUGGAGAAUUGCAAGAUGUUCAGUUUUAUUAUGCAGAACAAGAAGCCAACAGAGCCAGAAGCUUUGGAGCUAUUGUUUAUUGUGUUGGAGUGAAAGAUUUCAAUGAAACACAGCUGUCAACAAUUGCUGACAGCAUCGAUCAUGUUUUUCCAGUUACGGGAGGCUUUUAUGCCCUGAGAGGAACCAUUGAUUCAAUUCUCAAGAAAUCUUGCAUUGAGAUCCUAGCGGCUGAACCAUCGAGUGUUUGUGCAGGAGAAUCAUUUCAAGUUGUGGUAAGAGGCAACGGCUUUUAUCAUGCAAGAAAUAUCGACCAGGUACUCUGCAGCUUCAAGCUCAAUGACAGCCUUACUAUCAAUGAAAAGCCGACCCUUGUUCACGAUACUUACUUACUUUGUCCUGCCCCAGUGAUAGAAGAUGCUGGACAGGUGGUUUUCCUACAAGUCAGCAUGAACAACGGGCUAACAUUCAUCUCCAGCUCUGUCAGCAUCACCAGCACACAGUGUCUGACUGGGACCAUCCUUUUCAUUGCGCUCCUGAUUCUCUUUCUGCUGCUGGCUCUGGCUCUUCUGUGGUGGUUCUGGCCCCUCUGCUGCACGGUGGUGAUCAAGGAGCCACCGCCACCACCACCUCCAGAGCCUGAAUCAGAUGAUGAAGAUGGAUUGCCAAAGAAAAAGUGGCCAACCGUGGAUGCAUCUUAUUAUGGAGGUCGAGGUGUUGGUGGCAUUAAGAGGAUGGAGGUGCGAUGGGGAGACAAGGGGUCAACAGAGGAAGGAGCAAAAUUGGAGAAGCCAAAAAAUGCUAUUAUUAAGUUACCAGAACAGGAGUAUGAGCCAUGGGAACCCAAGCCGAAAAAGCCCCAUGUGAGAAAACCACCUUCCCAGCGGAAAUGGUACACUCCAAUCAAGGGCAAACUUGAUGCACUGUGGGCUUUGGUUCGACGAGGCUAUGAUCAAGUCUCUCUUAUGAGACCGCAGCCAGGGGAUAAGGGAAGAUGCAUAAACUUCACUCGAGUGAAAUCGGACGGAACCUCUGCCCCUUACAGCCCACCGCCGAAGCUGCCACGGCGCGAUGAUGUUCCUCUCAACAAUGCUCCAAGGAAUCCUUCUCCUCCUGUGUCUCUGCAGCCCCCUUCCAGGCAGCCACCUCCUGGACCACCCCCAUCCCGAGCCCCUCCUGGACCUCCUCCUUCGCGCCCACCCCCGCAGCCCAUGGCUUAGAGUGCAGCAAAACCCUGAUCGACAAAACAUGUCUCUUUGCUGAACACGGCAUAUUUAUUGAGUAUUGGUUUACAGUUAAAGAUAUCAGAAUUUGUUGCUGGUCAGCAAAAAAAGAAGAAAGAAAAAAAAAAGAAAAAUUGCCAAGUGUCAAUUUUAGUGUAUGAAUAUAUUUAUACCACACGUGCUGAGUAAACAUUCAGUGGAUAGAUUCAGAGCUAUGGGGUAUAGAAACAAACCAAAAUGAUCAUCUAGAUACAGUAGCAGCUUUUGUAUGUAUACAUUUGAAGAUUUAUUUACAUAUGACACUUGUCUGACUUGGUAUGUCAGGUCAUUCAUUAGUAACUUUAGCCGGUACACGUGCAUCAGUUGUUUUGAUAGCUGCCACCUGCAAGUUGGUUAAACAUAGUUCAUUGAGGAAUUUGCUUUCUUUUCCCCAACAGUACUGCAUCCAGACGUUAAUAUGGAACAAUAACUGCAAAGAUAACUUUCUGCCUUUGGUUCUGCAGAUGGAAUUUCCAUGAAAGUUUAUAAUAAAGCUAUAACAAUAAUGAGGUGAGAUGAGACUAUGUGCCAGUAAUCUAGCAACAGUAAUCAUAAAAGAGGGAUAUCUUUUUCUCCUGAGAAAAUCAGUUUUGAGCCUGCUAUCUCUGCAUAUGUUUAGACUUGGUUGCAUAGGAUAGCCAGUGAAGGCCAGAUAGUGGUUCUAGAAAUCCAGACCUUGAACAAGACCUGGGUUCAGAUUUGUCCAAAGUUCAGAGGAAUUUUGAGAAAAAUGUUUUGGCUAGGUGUUUAGUUUUCAUUUACAGAAAACAUGGUCCAAAAUGAAGCAAAUAUACCUGCAAUUUGAGCAUGAAUGCUGUAAUAUGCAAACAGCAUGUGUUAGUUAUAUCAGCAGCGUUGAGGGACUGAUUCUAUUGCUAUUUAAUUAGAUAAAUUUCCUUUUGAUCUUACUGCCAAGCAGAACGAGAUCCUUUUGUGAUUCAACCAUGAAUUCCUCUCUGAGUAGCUCUUUCUUUAGACAGCCCAGAUCCCACUAAUAUGUAACCUUGCAGUCUACCUGUGGUGGAGGGGCAUGGCGUGAAGUGUCAGUAUGAGCUUUUAUCCCUGUUUUAGAUAAAGUUUGGCUAGAGGAUUUCCCAAACAUUGUGACUGCUCGCCCAUGACCUCAAUUCUGUGUGUCAUCAGAAAGUGAUGUGAGCACCCACACAGAGGUGGGAAUUUAUGACGCGGGAUUGUGGGACAGACCAUGACUAGUGUUCACUAAGCAAUACCUAAGUGGGUUGUGCCCAGAUCAUUCCCUAGUGAAUCAAAAUAACACCUGAGCUUGCUUUUUCUCCACCACUACCUAUCAUAUUUUAUUGGAGAGGGUGGCUGCAAAUCCCUAUGCUGGUUCGCUUUGGCACUGGCUGUGUUAUUAGGAUAGUUGUAGAAAUAAUGUUUAUGUUGCAUUAUGACACAGCAUAUACCUAUCUCUCCAUCUGUGUGUAGGUGUGGGUGUGUAGCACAUCACAGUAGUUACUGGCACAUAAGUCCAAGAUAAAACACUAACUGUAUCAUGCAGUUACUCCAGAUUUAAGGCCUCUUCAUGCAGUUGUUACAGGCAUAUAAAGUUGCACUGGUACGAAUAGAAAUCAGGCUUACUAUUUCCAGUGGAAGUCCCACUUGCAGAACACCAUACCAAGCUCUCAUCGGUCUAUGCUGAUCACUGUGACAUGCCGUGUGUAUGCAGCUGAGGCUGUCAAAAAUAAACUCAGAAGAACCACAGAGCCUCUUUCUCCUCUUGCACUGCUCUGCUCUCUUGAGUUACGCUCUUACCUCAUGUAUAUUGGUGCAGGUAGUGGAAUCACAGUUGUGGGUGCCAGCUGGUCUUGGAGCUGUUCCUAAUUUAGGCCUGAGCCAGCAAAGCACUUCUGCAUGCAUUAAAAUGUCCUGCAAGUCAAGAGGAACAUCCUUAUGCCCAAGUAGUUUGCUGACCUGUGACUUCAUUGUGAUCAGAAAGGAGAAUUGGGAUGCACUCAACCCUAUCCUCAUUCUUUUUAGUCACUUGAAUAGGGUCUGCAUAAUUUGGUCCAUAAGAAUGGAUUCUGUUAGGAGGAGAGAGAAGUGUGUGUGUAUGUGUGUGCGUGUGUCUGUGUUUGUGUGUGGGUACUGUGUAGGUUUUUGUUUGGUUUCUCUUCCUUUACAAAAAUUGCUUGGAGAGUAGCAUUCCUGUGAAUGGAAAGGCCUUUUGCAGCCAGUGCGUCACACACAGUCAUCACUUACUUAUCUCCGUUUCUUUGAGUUGAAAGGCGAAACUAAAACAUGUCCAGUUUUCCAGUGCAGUUCUGGUGAAGCUCCACUUUUGACACCAGUGAAAGGAACUGGAUGACUGCAGUGAGGGGGUAGGGACCUGGAUGUGGGGUAAGGUGCUUUACAAGCAGAGAUCAUUGGCUGACAUUCUUUUGGUUGUAUGGAAGCCUAUGUGAAAUAAAACUUGCUGGGUCUAAGACCAGUUGUAAUGUGUACAUACAGUUGAAUCGAACAGACUCUCAUGUUGGCUGUCUAAGAAUGAUUAGCCAACAAAUGCUAACCAGGAAUUGAAAUGGCAGAGGGUAAUAAAACCGAUUCCCCUGCCAGGACAAAACAUGGCGUUUGAGGUUUAGCUGCUUGUGGGAGUGGGGCAGACCACUGCUCUGUAAAUGCCAAGUCUCUUAUCAGCAGGUGGUAAUGAGAUUGAAACAGUGGCGGAGCUCACAAAUGAUGUAAUAAUAAAAGGGAAAACUUGCUUACAGAAUUAGUAUCUGCUAAUAAAGUUGAAUUGAUGGGUCAGGAGUAAACUUUAGCUAAUGAAAAAGCCUGGGAGCCAGAUUUUGUAUUGUCUUGCACCUGUACAGGUCUUGAGAGGGGUCAGCAGAGUUGUUGCAGAUUUGCAUUGAUGUUAAUGUUGGUAGAAUUUGACUCGCUUCCAGUGAGAAUGGAGGUGUUGGCUUAGGGACAGCUUCACACAAUCACACGUCCAUCAUGCCUGUUGUUUGCAGUUGAGGGGAAUAUUCUUCUUGCUGGAAUAGCCACUCUUGCGGAGAUAACAGAUACUGACAAUUUCUGCGUAACUUGCAAGUGCAGUGAGGAUAGAAGUGGUUUGGCCUUCCAGGUGAUCAGAUCCAUGUACGAUAAAGCAGGAAGCACCAUGAAUUUGAAAAUUAGAUUCAGCAUAAAUGGAGUUCCCAGCAUUUUCACUAUAUAAAAUGAAGCAUUUGGUGUGUAACUCAAGUUUUGGCUGCAGCUUCUGUGAUGGGAGCACUGCAGGUCUAUUUUGCCGGUAAAGCAGGAAGAAGAGAAAGUGAACCUGAACUGAAUUGCCUUUGCAAAGGUAGGGGCAGUGAAUAUGCUGCACUGGCUACAGAAAGGCCUUUUGGUUGUGUAGAAAUGUACCCAUUUGCAGUGAUCUCAGGCACUAUAACAAUGCAGUAGGAGAAACUGGUUGCUAUUUUACCAUCUGUUGAGCUUGAUCCUUACCUGGUGUAGAUCAACAUAGGCCAACUGAAAUCAAGGCAGUAAUAGUGGUGUCCAUCAGCUGAGAGCUGGCUCAAAAGAAAUGAAAGGAAAAAAUCCCUCUAACUGGCUUAAUAUUUCAGUGUUUGUUUUGGUAUGCUUCUAUGUCAAUUGUGAUUACAGUAGUUACACUGCUAAGAAAUGUUCUCAUGUGAGAUGAUUCCCCUGUAUUUUCCAGCAUAUAGCAUCAUCUGAAACUUGCAAAAAGUGAGUCUCUAAUGCUUCCCCAAAUCCAAGAGAAAAACAUGGAUUCGAGGGACCUUUGGCUCACACUUAGCACAGAUGUGAAAUGACACAAGGUGCAAAGCAGCGGGGAGGGAAACCCCAUGUGUUUAAAGCUGAUACAGAACCACAUUGAUCAAAGCGUAUUUAUGGCCAUCUUUCAACCUCAGUGCAUGUAUUGCCAUCUGUAGGAGUAGCCUGCAGAGCAGACGGUCCUAAACGUAAAAAGGAAAAAAAAGAAAGGAAAAGAAUCAGCUCCUCAUCUGAAUGAGCGAGCAUAACAAUGAAUGACAUUAUUUCAUGAACUGUACCAGUUCAAAUGCAUGUGCACCUGGUGCUCCUAAUGCUUUUUACUCCUGUUGGUCUUUAGACAACAUGAUCAGUAAUAUGCUUUCUCUCUUUAAUUGUUUGCUGUUUUUAUUGUUGUUAUUUUGUUUUGUUUUUUAAAAAAAACACAUUUCACUGAGAAAACAGCCCUACUUCUGUAAAUAUAGAGUUUAAUUUGGAGGAGACAGCACACUUCUGGAUGUUACUGCUGGACAGUUAUUUAUUAAAAGGGGCUUAAGGUGAAUAAAUACAGGUGGCUCAGGAUACAUGCAUGCAAGUGUGAUAAUGCAGUAUAGCAUUUUCAGUUCUCUGUAGUUUUGGGGGAAGGGGAAUUUUUGGGUCAUCCUAGUUUGUUUAGAAGUUUGUUACUGAUCUGAUACUUUUGAGUAACGCAAUAGAGAUUCCUAACAUACAACAGUGCUUGAACAGAUGUGUAGAUUAUGAUAGAUUUUUCA